CGUAAAAAUCAAACAGAAAUUGAAGAGGAAACAAAAAAGAUGAAAAUUUGUGAAAAUAAAAAAGAAAAUGUAGAAAUUUGUAAAAGAGUGCCUCCGCAUCCAAUUUGGGCUGGAAAUGAUGUUUGUGUGACAAGAAAAACCCAUAUAAUCGCUCAAUUCAAAAAAUGCAAACACUUAUUGGACAGAAAAUUUGAUUUUGUAAAAAUCCAUGCAUUAGGCAAAGCUAUCAACCAAGCAUUAUGUUUAGCUCUAAAAAUCGAGGAAGAAAUGCAUAAUUCAAUUAGUGUUAAUAUUUUGACUGGAACUGUUGAGGUAACUGACGAUUUAAUUUCUUUGUUGGAUGGGGAUGAUAUGAAUAUUAAACAACGUCAAGUUUCUGCUGUUAAAAUUUUGUUAACUCGUCUUUGA